UCUGCUUGAAAGUUAAGAGUUGGAGUGGCUGUGUGUCUUUUUCGUACCGUAUGCUCCUCCGGCGACUUGCGUCAACAUCGGCGUGGACACUUCCCCCAUCCAUUCGUCAGAUUUUAUCCUCUGGCCACGACUCGGCGAACAAGGUGCAGUUGUGUGGAUGGAUUAAAUCCGUGCGACGACAAAAAAAUGUCACGUUUGCGGUCAUCAGCGAUGGAAGCUGUCCCACUGGAUUACAGGCCGUCCUAAGCAACACCCUCAGCAGCCAACUCAAGCUUGGCCUAACGAACGGCGCCAGCGUUCGCGUAUCCGGUUCACUUGUCAACAGUCGAGGGACGGGUCAGGCAAAGGAGCUUCAAGUGGAUUCAAUAGACGUGCUCGGAGAAUGCAAUCCAGAGACGUAUCCUAUCCAGAAGCAGACGCUUUCCGUGGAUUACCUGCGAGACCAUGCUCAUCUACGAGCUCGAACAGAUACAAACGCUUCCAUUUUGCGCCUGCGAGAUUCCCUGACGAAAGUCAUGCAGCGCUUUUAUGAGAGGCAUGAUUUUUGCUAUGUACAUACUCCCAUUCUCACGUCGAGUGACUGCGAAGGUGCCGGAGAAACUUUCCGUGUGACGCCGUCUUCUGCUGUCCCCUCCCAUGUCCCAGACCUUCUUGACCCUUCUGACUCGCCCUCGUCGGAAUUCUUCUCCAAGCCCGCCUAUCUAACGGUAUCAUCCCAACUACACCUUGAAGCCCUCGCGUCAUCACUUUCACGAGUGUACACCCUCUCACCGUGCUUUCGCGCCGAGAGAUCCCAGACAAACCGACAUCUCGCUGAGUUCUGGAUGCUCGAGGCAGAGUGGACGUGGGCACGAGAAAUCAAUGAUGUAUGUCAACUCGUCGAAGCAUGUCUCAAGGAUGCCUUGGUUUUCGGGAUCGGCGGAGAAGAACGGCGAGCACUCGCGAAGGGGGUUCCUGACUACGACCAGAAGCUCCGAUGUUUAGAGGAUGCAGCGAGCUCUAAACCUUGGAUUCGAUUGACCUACACCGAAGCCAUCUUAGAGCUGGAGAAAUAUGCAGCUGCAGCUGGACCGAAAGCUUCCACGUUCCAGUUCAAACCUCAGUGGGGCUGCGCUCUUCAGAGCGAACACGAACGGUGGCUAAGCGAGGUGCUCGUAAAAGGCCCGGUCUUCGUAACAGAUUAUCCAAGCUCUCUAAAACCAUUCUACAUGCGGACGAAUGACGAUGGCAAGUCAGUCGCCUGCUUUGACCUCCUGGUUCCGUAUAUCGGCGAACUGGUGGGUGGAUCGCUAAGAGAAGAGAGGUUGGAUGUGCUUCGCUCACGGAUGAGUGCGCUUGGCAUGGAUACCGAGGGCGAGGAGUAUAAAUGGUACUUGGACCUGAGAAGGUUUGGGAGUGCACCUCAUGGUGGAUUUGGGUUAGGUUUUGAGAGGUUGAUCAGCUGGGUGAGCGGCGUCGAGAACGUCCGGGAGUGUAUUGCAAUGCCGAGGUGGGCAAGAAGAAUGUUACUCUAAUGACCACUCGCUCUACAAAUGGCAUCUAAUUACAUGAAAAUUUGGUUGACUAAAGGUCCGCAUGCAGUGAGUGAACUGUACAUGUAGUAUGGAGUUCGCAGA